AUGACUGCGACGCUCAAGGACAGUUCCAGUUCUUCUUGUCUAGCGGCAGGAGCUGUGCACUUGAUUCCCGCUCCCUCCCAUUUCCCAUCAGAUAUAAAAGCUCCGCUUCCAGACACCAGCGCACAGAGCGCUAAACAGCAAAAGGUGCUGCUGGAGCUGCCCACUGCUUCUCUUUUCUGCACAGCUUUAGGCAAAGCAUCUGUCUGCUUCCUCACCAUGUGUCGGGGGUUAGCUUCCCUUCCUACAAGCUGCUUGGAAAGGUAAGAGGCUGGAAAAUAUUUGGGGCUCUUAGCAAACAACUGCUGAGUUGAUAAAACAGGAGUGUGCUUUGCUUCAACAUCUAUACUGAUCGGGGUAACAUUUGUGUACAACCAUAGCUCAUACUCCUAUAGUAUCUUCUAAAGAAUGGAAAAACUUUUGUUAGUUAGAUGAGCAAGAUCUAUCACUGGCAAGGGCAGGAAGUGCGGGGGGAGGGGGGGAAUAAUUCAAACAAGCAAACAAAAUAACUGCAUUUAUCCUGAAUUUCUGUUACUCUUGUUGAGGGAUGCUUCCUGGUCCGUACAUACUUUUGCUUUCACUCAAAAGGAAGGCUUUUAAAUGUUAUAAUGAAAUCUUUUUCUCCAAACGAUCACCUGUUUUUGCAAUGCGGUUCUACAAGACACUUCUGCAAGCAGCACUCUGCACAAUUAGCAUUCCUGCCACACACCACCCAGAGGGGGGUGAGCUAAGAAUAGAAAGUGGCGCGCCAGGCAGUCAUCUACAAAGUGUCGCAGUGAUGCACCAAGCGGGGAGGCACCUCUGUGUGGCUGGUUGCAGACGCACUACAGCAGGCAGGCAGCUGUCAUAAGAAAUCUAAAAACGGGAGACCGUGUCCGCAUUGUUAUGGCUAGCGCAGCAGCAAGUAAAUCUGGGUCACUGAGAAGUGGUGCAAAGGAAGUUCAGGAGAGAUGGCAUGGAAGAAACUCAGCUUCAUGCGGUUUUGAAGAAGGAAUGUGAUUGUUGUCAUUAGUAGUAUUAAUUUCUCUACCGUUAUUGAUGUAACAUUUUACUUAACCGAAUAAUAGUGUUCACAGUUUAUAUUUUGACACUGGGGGAGACAACAAGAGGGGGAGGAAAUAAAGAGAAAUCAUAAACAGGAUGUUUCUCUUGAGCUUAGUUUCAGCUGAGCAUGACAAUAGAGGACAGUGUUGAAUGUCUACCUGAAAAGCAGCAGUGAGCAAUUUCAGUUGUGACCUGCUUGAGGCAGGGACCUAUCCUUUCCCCUAGUAAUUGUAGAAACUCUGGCUUACUGUAUUAUCCACCCAAGUGAGACAGACAUAUCAGUCCUUUUAAUAGCAAAGAAAGAAUAAUACUAUUGCAGGCAUGCUCUUCCUGGUUUCUAUACUUUGUCCAAGAAUGUGGGGUUGUUGUUUUAUACCUGUGAACAAACACUUUUUCCUGGAAAGCUUGAGGCAUGCAAAUAGAGACCUCUUUAUGCACUGGUGACGGUGUUCAUUCCCCCACCCCACCAUCAUCUAUGGUCAAGCUGUUGUGGUGCUUUAAAGCGUCAGAGACAGUGGCAGAGGAAAAAGAGUGAAUGUGUUGAAUCUCUGGACCUUAAAUAUUCCAGUUCUCUGACAGAUGCAUUCAACAACAUAGAGCUUUGAGGAAUAAGAGAGACUAUCAGAGGAUGCCUGAACAGGAAGAGCAAUCUUGCAGGGAAACAUAAGAGUAGAGGAAGAGACUAAAGGGACAGCAGAUGCUCCAAGCGGAAAUUAUUUGGUCUUUACAAAAAGUGGUUAACAAACAGUUCCAUCUGCAUGUUGUGAUAUUCCAGUCCUUUUGCAUCUGAAGAGCAGGUGCCACAUAACAAAAUGUACCAAACAAGUGAAGAAACUGUCCAUCAAAAGUGGAGGUCUUAGGUUACACUUGCGUCCCACUUGAGAGCUUCCCUGGGGCCACUGGGCAAACAGAAUUUUGGUUCAUUUGUGUGACCUUCGGAUCACUUCUUGGAGCCAUAGCUGGGCACCAUAUGUGACAAUCAUGACAGACUUUCCAAGAGUCCCCUGGCACAGAGGGCGAGGGGUUAAUGAUGCCAGGGAUGAAGAGAAGCUGUUACAAGAGGUUCCAGUUUAUUAAACAGGAAGGGCACUAGGGAAUCCUUAAUGUUGUAAAGGUUACACAGUUCAGAUAUUAACCACUGAAUCUGAAGGCUAAAAAUAAGCUAGCUUUGCUGCCAGCUAGAUCCCAUUGUCCAUAAAAGUGGGAACUAGGUGGGAAAUAAAAAUCUUUUUUUAAAAAAGGGGAACUCGGGGAAAGUUGUGUAGCCAUGAAAGCAUGAUUAACACACAGAGCCCGCAAGCACAAUAAACACAAUACCCAAUUGCUGUAUUAGAGGCCUCGAAUCAUUACAGCAGUCGUUGAAGGACCAAAUGGCCACCCAUCUGUCAAAGAUGAUUAAAUUACUUGCAUGUGUAAUCCUGCCUUGCCUUCUGCAUUAAUGGGAAUUACAGCUUGAUUAGGAAUUCUACAUUACUGAAAUGCUUGCAUGCCCUCACACAGCAGGAAUUAGUAUUGUUUCUCCCUCUCUCUCUCUCUCUCCCCAUCAUAUAUCUCCUACAUUUAUUUGAACAAACAUGCAACAACUCUUCUCUCCAGCCAGGAGCAUAGGAAGGGGGGCGGUGGGGGUGGUCUGCCCCGGGUGCCCUCACUGAGGGGGGUGACAUGCAGAUCCCAAGUCUCCCCGAGCCGUUGGGGAAAGGGGAGGAGCUGCACCGCCUUGCCAGCGGCAUCCCCCCUUUGCCCUUCAUUCUGACAGCUCGGGGGAGGCUUGGGAGUCGCGGGCAGCAGCGAGCCAAAUGUCCGCCCUGUGAGCAGCUCGCUCUGCCCCUGGCUGCAGGGCGCACACACCGCUCCGGGCACCCAAGCGGCUGUCCCACGCCUGGGAGGGCACCCUCCGCGCCACGCCCCCCUCAGGAGCACGGAUGUAUGCUCCACCGCUGUCUCCAGCCCCCAAUGUAUAGCUCUGCAAAUUCACACCAAAAGCCAACAGCCAGUUUGGAACCAGGCAGAUGGUGGUUUUCACUUGAAGCCGCUCUCUUCUUUUUAAGGAACACACACUGCUGCCCCCUCGUGGCCACUUCUUGUUUUACCUUAAAAUUCAUUUUGACAUUCUUCCAUUCCUCUCAUUCUGCAGAGCAAAGGAAUUCAAGACCCGCUUGGGGAUCCUGCUUCAUAAACCAGAUCUGGGAUAUAAAAUUGGGAGCCUGAGCCGAAGCACAAAGCAGAGGUAAGUCAUGUGCUGAAGGUAGCGUAAAAAAAAACACCUGGUCCAACCUAGAGCACUGCUGCAGCUACUUAAGAGGGACCGGUCCUGAAAGGUGCAAUGGAGCAGUGCAACAUUAAAUAUAUGUAUUAGCUCCUAAGGAAUUCAGUGAGAGGGAGGACUCAUAACUAGCUGUCUAUGGAAGAAAACUGUUCUUCAGCCAUGACCUGCCCUCCUGAGUCUGAGCUGUUGCCAUCCAUCUGUCUCAAGAGACAACGGCAUGUGCCUCUGGGCAUGAGGUCAAACUGCUGUGUCAGUAGCACCCAGGUCACUUCCCCCAGGAGCAAGCCUGGGCAGUGUGUCUGGAGGUCCUGGGCUGCCCAGACAACAAGACCUCACUGAAGUGGUCCAAAGGAAAGCAGAGCAAUAUGUUUAGCACCAACCUGGCUGCAGAAGUUGCUGGAAGGAGGCGUACAAGACGCCAUCCAACCAUCUUAGGGAUUCCACUCCAGAUUUGUGCAGGGCUCACUCUUUAGCCUUUUCUUCUCCUGAAGAUAUCCCAUAAGGCAGUGGAGGUUUAGGAUCAUAGUUUUCCUUCUCUUAGAUGGACUAUCUUCCCAGGUUGAUGAGCCCCAUCUGCCCCUCACUUCCCUUUUCAGCACGUGCAGAAACCACCGCUCAACCCAUGUAGUCUGAGUAAAUUCCAGUGAUCCAGUGGGGUGGCUUAUGUGUGCUCAAGCUAGAAGCCAGCUUGUUGUCUGCAAGAACAGGGACCCAUGUUUUCCCAUACAGCUAACAAGAAAUAGGAGAACUGAAGACCUUGCUUCAGCUGUUUUCUAAACAUUGUAACCACACCAUGGAAACCAUACAAGGUGAAAUUAAGAGACAGAUACAUCCUUCUGCCUCCCCCCCCCCAUAAGUGGUGAUGAGGGUGUUUGCUUUAGUUUAGGAUCUCUGGGCUUCUUGUCUUGUCUGCUCCUCUGCCUAAACUCUUCACCCCAACAUUCCUAUUGGCACCACCAUGAUUUUAACAUUUAUUUUCCUCUCCAGAUAUGCCUUAGAAGAGGUGCUCGGAUGGAAGGAGUCUUUUGACCAUCUUCUGAGAAGCAAAAGUGAGUAUGCCUUUUCACAGUCCCCAACAUGUCAAAGGGAGCAGAGAGUUUUUCCAAAACUUGUUUUAGGAAAACACAUUCCUUCCCCCCAUAGCUACCAAAUGCAUGCCUUGAUUGUUCCAUAAUUCCUUCAAGUGCGAUAUGUCCUACAGUGUACUGUGCCUCAGACAGGUUCACUUCUGGGUCAGAUUAAUGUAUGAUUAAACAUGCCCUUGAAUGCAACGCUUGGUUUCCCCUGUCUUUUUAAAAAAACGAAUACCAGCCACAGGCAGCUCCAUUUCAUAUAAGGACUACAGUAUGCGGGGAGGCGUUUAACUCCCCCCCCCGUGCCAUUUCCCCACUGCAUAUCUCCCCACACAUUCCCAGUCCAAGCUGCUAGAUCCUGCAGCUAGAGACAGAUAAAUAACACAGAGCAGAGAGUGUUCUUUUAAACAACAAUUCAAUCCUCAGACAAGGCCCUGUGGUGGUUUAAAUAAUAUAUAUACUAUAGAAAAGUUAGCUGCCCAUCAGUUUGCUCCAAACCUGCUGAUUUGGAUAUAUUUAUAAAAUAUUUCCUGCCUAUGCUCCAGUUCUCCCAAAAUAAUUUUUCUACCAAUGUUCUGACCCUUGUUCCGCACAAGGGUUUUAUUCCUAUGUCUUUUCUUUCUAAAAAAUAAAUAAAUCCCAUAGCAUUGUGUUAAUGUCUGUAAGAAAAAGUGCAUCCUUCUGUUCUCUUCACUCUCCUUCCAAGCUAAACAUUCUCUGUCCUCCUUCACAGGUGGCCUGGCAGCAUUUCAUGGCUUCCUCAAAACAGAGUUCAGUGAAGAGAACCUGGAGUUCUGGCUGGCCUGUGAGGAGUAUAAGAAAACCCACUCAAAAGCCAAACUAGCAGCCAAAGCCAACAGGAUUUUUGAAGAUUUUGUUCAAAAUGAGGCCCCCAAAGAGGUGAGUAAAAUUUCUCAGUAUGAUGCAAUCCUUUAAAAAAAAAUACUACUGCAUUUGCACCCUAUAUUUCCUCUAAGGUUCUCAAGACAGCAUACAUGUUUCCUUCCCCACGAUCACUCUAUUUUAUCCUCACAACGAGCUUGUGAAGUAGGUUAGACUGAGAGAUAGCGCAGGACACUUUGCUGCUGGAAGCAAAAUGCUCGGCUGCCACCCCCCGGCCACUGCCCCCUUUGCCACCACUGCAGUCUUGCCUUGGGAUAUGGGGGGGGGGUGGCGGCAUGAGGCUCUGCAAUGACUUUUCCUAGAGGAAAUUUUUGUUUUUAUUUGUUUAAUUUGUAUACCGUCCUAUGUCUGUAGAUAAAGCUUCACCGUCAGGAGGGAGGAGGGAGGCUCUGCAAGGAGCAAAUCUGCCUCCUCUCUGGCGUCUGCUGCGCUGAGGCAACUGCCUCACUUUGCUUCAUGGGCCAGCCAGCCUGCAGCUGACCCCAAGUCACCCUGUGAGGGUUGUGGGUCUCCCCAGUCCUCCUUCCAUACUCUUAACUGCUUCACACUGGCUCUGCUAGAAUGCAUACAAUACCUGUUGCUUUUCCUCACUGUUAAGAAACAUAUUGGCAUAGAAUUAAUUGCUGCUGUGUUCCUUACAGGUGAACCUUGACCAUGAAACCAGAGAGGCGACCAGGAGGAACCUCACCAUUGCCAAUUCUGCUUGCUUUGAAGAAGCCCAAGCAAAAACCCACACCUUGAUGGAGAAGGACUCCUAUCCCAGAUUUCUGAAAUCUGCCUAUUACAGGGACCUGACAGAGCAAGCGACCAGCCACAGGACAGGCAAGCCCACACACACCUGAAGCUGCUCAUUGUCACUGCUAGGACUUGUGUUGGGGGAACAGAGACAAAGAAUGAACCAGGAGAGGCAGGAGCCUCAGAGGGAGGUAAUAAGAGCUUUCCAGUGGUGGAGUUUAGGCUGGGCCUUUACAUCGGCCAGGAUGCCUGGGACCUCAUAUGCUUCCAUACACCCAGGAGCUCUACCAAGAAAAGGCCUUCCCUGGCAUCUAGGAAGGGCAGAAAACAGGCGCUCAUGUGAGAAGCACCGGAGAAAAUUGUGUAAGAAAGAACCUGCGCUCCAAGUAGGACGAAGAAAGCAGAAGGGAAGGCGAGAAUUGAGGGGCAGAGAACUAGAAAGGUUGAAUUCCUCUCUAAAACUGUGUAUCAUCCUCGUGUUCAAUGUUAUGCACCUGUGCACCCGUCCGCAUGCAUCAGACUCUAUCUGCUUUCAGAAUCCAGUAUCUGCACUUGCAAAACACAGACGACAAACUGUAUCUAGCACACAGGGGUUUGAAAUCUCCAGCUACCGCAUGACAGUUCCAGAAGCACACAGCUCUCUGCAUGUUUGUACACCAACCAGCUGAACAGUCAAGACUUAGCAUCCUUAACAGUGCAGGUGUUGCUUUGCCUUUGUACCCAGAGGAAUGCUGCAUCUGCUUUGAUCCAACUGCAUAUCUGCCUUCUGCCAUGAUGGGCAAACUUCCUUCCAGUGACAUUUGCAGAAGCCAACAAACUCUGUGAACAUUAUAAGCAACCUUGGGUGACAUGCCCCAUUUUUUAAUGGUUUCCCAUUUAUUGUUAAUUAUUACAGUGAUUAUUAAUAAUUAUUUAUUUAGAUAGGGCAUUUAAUGAGCACAGCACUUUCGACACAGGUACAAGUCACUGCAGCAAGGGGCCUGCAAAUGAUAUCUCCGCUGAUUUCACGAUACCUAUAAGACUACAUUGACAGGUGGCAUCAGCAGAGAGGUAAAGAAAAAGAGAGAGUGGGAAACAAGACUAGAUUGGCCUUGCAAAUAUAAGUCUGCAAAAGUUAUUAAUUCCUCACCCCUCCAUGAAAAAUACAACUACUACCCUGGUGGUCCAAACAAAACGUGUUACAGAGCAUUCUACGCCUGUUUACUUGAAAGAAAGUCCCGCUUUUUUAAAUGGGACUUGCUCCGAAAUAAGUGUGCAUGUGUAAAGGUUUGCUGUCUCAAUCAUGUGCAGCACAGUUGACAGCUUGAAAGGGCAGGGGAAGAGAAACUUUCCAGUGAACACACCCUUCCCUGCCUGAAGAUUAUUUUCUUUUAUAAAUUGUAUUUUUGCAUUUUCAAUUUUACAAGAAUAAACAAAAGAAAGAUACACACUCAAACAGAAACAUACUGUAAAAUCCCCAUUGAUUUCCCUCCCGCCCUUUGUGAAUCCUCAUAAGAUUUUCCCUCUGCAUCUCUUCCAUAACUCUAUUCUUAUAAGUCCUUUAUCAAUCCAUAGCUCAAAUUUUUACUACAAGUUUUCUGUCAGUCCUACCAAUGAAUUUGUUUACUAUAGUUUUUAAAAUAGAUUAUAUACUUUCCCCAUUCCUUAUUAAAAUCAGCCUCUUCCUGGUUUCUAAUUCUUCCUGUAAGUUUUGCCAUCUCGGCAUAGUUCAUCCAUUUUAUCUGCCAUUCUUCAUUGGUCAGAGUUGUACCAUCUUUCCAUCUCUGGGCUACCAGAAUCCUUGCAGCCGUGGUCGCGAACAUAAAUAAUUUCAUCUGGUCCUUCAGAAUCUCGGCACCUAAAAUUCCUAAAAGAAAAGCUUCUGGUCUCUUAAGAAAAGUUAUUUUCAGCAUUUUGUUCAGGUCGUUAUAUAUCAUUUCCCAGAAGUCGUUUACCACCUUACAAUGACCACCAUAUAUGAUAAAAGGUGCCCUCCUCCUCUUCGCAUUUCAAGCAUGUUUUAGACUUUGAUUGUACAUUUUAGCUAAUUAACUAGGAGUUAAAUACCAACAAUACAUUAUUUUCAUAUAAUUUUCCUUCAGAGCGUAACAUGCUGUGAAUUUAAACUUGUUGUCCAUAAUCUCUCCCAUGCUGCUAACUCAAUAUUGUACCCCAAAUCCUUCACCCAGUGAAUCAUCAUGGAUUUGACCUGUUCAUCUUUUGUUUGCCAAUAUUAUUCUUACUCAUAAUCACAGGUGACCAGGUGACUAGGUAUUUGCAGUCCUUGACCAAAAUGCAAUCAGGGAAAGUUAAAAGGCCCAGCAGGGAUGAAAAGCUGUCUGAUUUACAAGCGACUUACUGCAGACCAGUCUCACUUAAAUUCUGAAAAUAGAAUAAAUGGAGAUUAUUUGGGGAAUAUUAAAACACUGUUCAAUUGUAGCCUCAUCUCCAGUGCAAGACCUGUUGAAACUGAUAGCAAUCUUGCAUGUGGAACUUCCAAUAUUCCAAUUUUGUAGGGCUAUAUGUACAAGAGAUGUUUCCAGUGAAUUGUGCCUGUAGACUGACAGGUUUGGAGGAAGGACAUUUUGAAAAAGGAGACAAGGAAAAACCUGGUAAAUGAAGAAUGAUGUGAAUGGGCAAACAAAGGCAAAUUCUGCUGCUAAAGCAGUACACACAGAACAAAGAUAUAUGAUUAAUCAUGUUAGCAAGUUAGUAGGCCCAUUGUAACUUAAUGCAUAUAAUACUGUAGAAUGGAAGGUGGGUGCAGGAGUGGCCCAGUCAUUCAGCAGGGCAGACACUAUGAGAUUUUACUGAUCCAACUUGUGUAAUGGAUAGACAGGAUCCUGGAUUACAACUGAGAAGGGGCACAGGCUCGCAGUCAUUGAAUCCCUGCUCAUUUGUACUUUCAUACAUCUUGUAAUGUACACCAGCUAGGAUUGUACGCGCAAGAUAACGCUGGCAGCAACAGAAUGUGCCACACCUGGCUGAACAAUUGUACGCCAGGUAGUUUGUUAAAAUCAGCCCUGACGCCCUGCCUUGCUUGCUCAUUUGACAAACUGCAAAAUACCAAGCAGAGCAUUUGUUCACAACAGAAACCUAUCUAGACUUAUGUGAAUUAAGUACUGGAAGUAGCUGAGAAAAUAAACAGUCAAACUGCAACUACUGAGCAAUUUACAGUGCUGUUUCUGUUGCUGCUGCUGCUAGUAAAGCUUUCAAAUACCAGUAAGAUCAGUUUAUGCUUUUCUUUCAUUUAUCCACAAGCAACAUUUCCCAGAGCAGAUGCACCCUGAGCCAAUAGCAAAAGCCUCUUGCAUGCGGCAACUCACUUGGCAGAGACCAUAUCCUGAGGUUCUUAUUCUGGUUUUGAUUAACCUUAUUCAGACAAACUCCUGUUGACUUCUGUGAAGUGUUGUCUGAAAAAGGAGACAUGCUGCAGUUUUCCUUCUGAAGUCUAUGGUUAAAACCUCCCUCCAUGGACUUCACUGGUGAAAGAACAGUAUAUAUAUAUAUAUAUGUAUAUAAAGUUAUAUAAGCCAAACCAUGUUUACACAAACUUUUCUUUUUUUAAAAAAACCCAAUGCUACUUUUGCGGGUCUACUUGGGGUGAACUCUUUUCUGCUGCAGUGUUUGCAUGCCAAUGUGAUUUAACCAUCGAUCUGCCUGCAUGCCAAAAUAAAUAUUCUUCAGCAGCAAAGGAGGGUGGAGGAUAUGAAUUUGAAAAAUGUACUCUACCCAGUUCUUUGCAUUAUUCUGUUUCGCACAGCUGCCAUGCUGCCCCUUUAUUGUUGGUUUUCUUGAGAAGUUCUACAAAAUAUAAAGCAUUUCUUAAUGCUGAACCACAGAUGAGAAAUUGUGAGAUGCCUGUCUAGUGGUCGGUGAUUCCACCAGCAAACCAGCAAUGAAGUGACCAGGCCUUUGCAGCCCAGUUUAAAACCCCAGAAUGAAAUGUACUGUCCUAUUGCUGAAGUUAGCCUGGCCAGAAGUCUAAGAGAAGAUGAACUGGAAUUCUCCCCAAGGCCAGAGCUGCCUUAAUAUUUAUUAUUUAUUUACAACUGGAACUUAUUCCGGUUCUUUCAGUGUGAAUGACUGAGAUACUACGUUGUGGAUUCAAGAAUGUUAUAAUGUUGUUGUUAUAAUAUUAUUUGAAAAUAAAUCAGUUACAAAACCAGUGCAAUGGAAAUCUGUUUCAUAUUGGCCAGGGAGGAGGAAGGGGGGGAGGAAAGGGG